CGAGUCCAAAUCUUGCAACGGACUCAGCCCAAACUAACAGGUUCAUCGCUCAUGGAUCCAAGAUUUCAUUCUAGCGAUGUGGUGAGCCAGAGAGAGAGAGAGAGAGAUGGCGUGGAGCGCGACGAUGAUCGGAGCACUGCUGGGACUGGGCACCCAGAUGUACUCAAACGCACUCCGAAAACUCCCUUACAUGCGCCAUCCAUGGGAGCACGUGGUGGGUAUGGGACUCGGUGCCGUCUUCGUUAACCAGCUCGUCAAAUGGGACGCUCAGCUCCAGGAGGACCUCGACAAGAUGCUCGCCAAAGCGAAGGCCGCUAACGAGCGCCGCUACUUCGAUGAAGAUGACGAAUAGCAUGCUUUUCCAUGGAUUGUGGCAGCUUCAGACAAGGCAUUCUUGUUUUCAGAAAAUGUUGUCUUCAAGUUGUAGAUGCAUGUUUGCUUUCCAGUUACUGUUGCUCUGUUCGUAAGGCUGAUAGAACUCUUUCAAGUUAUUACCUGUUUACACAAUUUUUUAGAUGCUUUCAUGAUGCUGACUGGCUGAUGUAAAACCUCCACCAAUAAAAUGAAUCACUUGAGCUACUCUUCCAAGCAAAACUGUUUUGUAAAGCAGGUGUCAUGAUGCCAUUUAACGGACCUUCUACUGAAGAUAAUUUUUAAGAUCUAGAAUACAAAUGGCCGAUUAUGGGUGUAGACCUUAGAUCUUAGUGGUGGUGGUGCAAUCUACUUUGUGCAGCUCUCUGCACAUUCAACUGAUGCUAGGAGUCGAUCUAUUUGUUCUGUAAUAGACUGGUUCAGUUGUGAUUUUAUUCUAAAUCAACAUUAUUUCGU